UCGAGUUGAAACGCCACCUCAACGCGAUCUCGCCAAAGCCGGCAAAGGUAAAGAAAGUAUCGCCGGGUGCGUGGAUUUUUCCCAGAGAGUUUGAUUCUGCUGCUGCUCGAUGGUGCACACGUUCGAUCGUCUGUCCAUCUGAUCGAAUGUUCGUCCGGCGCUUGUGUGAUUUGGUGUACAUUUACGUGUUUGCUUCUGUGCUAAAAGAUCCGUCCAGUUUAUGUUUGAUUGAAAAACAUCAAUUUCAAGUGCAUAAUCGAGACGACUCUAAGUGCAACAGUGAACGCUGAAUCGCAUCGACGACAAGUCCAAGAGGAAUCCUGGCAUCAGUAACAAGUGAAAUCAAUGUUUGCGAUCAACCAGUUAUGUUGCUGAUGCUCGAAAAAACCGGUUAAAUAGCCACCAUUCGAAUAAAGUUGCAUAAGUUUCACGGCGAAGUUUAGCUGAAAAGCAUAAGUCAAAACCAUCACUCACGUGUGAGAUUUAUGUGCCAAAGGUGGUAAGGGUUGCUCGAGAUUGUUGGGCUCUCCCCCCCCAGAUCGAAGUGAUUUAUGAUCCAGUGAUAACGCAGUGGCGAUUGGCUUCAAUCGAUGAACUAUUAAACAAUAGUUCAGGUGCUUCAGCUCAAGAAGAUUGCUGCGUGAGAUACAAGCCAGGUGGCCGCGAAUCUGCCGGCCGGAGAGUCUGUCUGUUUGUAUGUGUGCCUCUGCAUCUUUGUCUUCGCGAGCGUGAUUACUUGCGAAGCUGGAAGUGAUGAAGUGUUAAGUGCCGUGUACGUACUUCGGGGCGAGCGAAAACCGUGGGGAAACGAAAAAAAAAUAUAAAGAAAAGGUCUUACGACCCAAUUCAAAACCGCGCGCGCGGCAUGAAAUAGCGUAAGCGGUAACGCGUGACGAAGAGAAAACAAAAGAGUGACCAACAAGGAAGACGACGAAGGAGAAAGAAAAAAAAAACGCCGCGAGAAUUCACCAAAAAGCAAACGAGAAAGAGUUUAAAACAAAGUGAAGUGAAGCCAGUGGUGUAGAGGCCAAGGAAAACCAGAAAUCCCAUCCCAAAGAGAAGAGUUGAAAACCCCGCCGCGUCCCGGGGGCCCGUCAGCGUCAGAAUGACGAAUUUAUGUGUUUACGUUGGAUUACUGCUGUCCCUGCUGGUGGCGUCCGGUCGAGCGCAUCUAAAUCUGUUUCUCAACGAGGUCGAAGUGCAACGAUUACUCGGACUCUCCGCUGAGAUCUACUACAUCCGCGAUGGACUUGUGAACGAGUAUGCGCUCCACUUUACCGUACCGGUUCCGGCGGAUGUCGAAGAGAUCUCCUUCACCUGGCAGAGCCUUGCAAAGAAACCGCUGCCAUAUCGUAUCAACAUCCACUCUCCGGAUCCGGUUGCCCUGCCGAAACCGUCGAUGAACAUCUCCUGGCAGGGUGAGGUCCCUGAGCACAUCGAAACGUUCGCCAUCGAGCUGCAGUGCAGUGGCCGAAAGUCGGCCGAAGUCGAUAUCACGAUCACGGUUGAGGUAACGCUUGAUCGAGUGACGGGCAAUGCGACAGAGUUACUGUUCCGUCGGAAGAAGAUCUGUCUCAUGAGUGAACAUCCACCAGAUCCUCACCAACCGGAUCCGUAUCUGCUGGAGAACGCAUCGAACGGUCAGAGUGGCCUGGUUACGCUGAUCGUCGGUGUUAUUCUGGCGAUUCUGUUCGUUGCCAUCAUCAUCAGCAUUGCUUACUGUGCCCGUGGCUCAUUCAACCGGAAGCCACAUCACGCACAGCCAAUCCGUACAUCCAGCUUCCAGCGUCUUUCGACUCACGUUCCCUCCGUACCAUCCACGAUCUUGUCACCUCCGUCGAUUGCACCGACGAUAGCAACACUCUCGCGCACGCGGAUCUACGCAAACGCCGAACCGGAAGAGCUUCAGCGACGCAUUUCCGAGCUAACGGUUCAACGUUGUCGUGUGCGAUUGUCAAGCCUCCUGCAGGAAGGAACCUUUGGACGGGUCUAUCGUGGUAGCUACAACGAUAGCCAGGAGGUGCUGGUGAAAACGGUUGGGCCCCAUGCAUCGCAGAUUCAAGUGUCGUUACUGCUACACGAAGGCAUGAGUCUGUACGGGGCACAACAUCCGGGUAUUUUGUCGGUACUGGGAGUAUCGAUCGAUGAUCAUACCGCACCAUUUCUACUCUAUCUGGCACCGGAAAACACGCGCAAUCUGAAGAUCUUCCUCCAGGAACCAGUUGCUCGUACGCUGACCACGAUCCAGAUCGUCAUGAUUCAGCUUCAGUUGGCCCAGGCUCUCGGUCAUCUACACAGCCACGGAGUCAUCCACAAGGACAUCGCAGCGCGCAACUGUGUAAUUGAUGAUCAACUGCGAGUGAGGCUGGCCGAUAACUCCCUGUCCAGGGACCUGUUCCCAGGUGAUUAUUACUGUCUUGGCGACAGUGAAAACCGUCCUAUCAAGUGGCUAGCACUGGAAUCGAUUCAGUACAAACAGUUCUGUGAAGCAUCGGACACUUGGGCGUUCGGAGUCCUGAUGUGGGAACUGUGCACUCUUGCCAAGCAACCGUACGCUGAGGUCGAUCCUUUCGAGAUGGAACACUAUCUGCGCGACGGAUACCGGUUAUCACAACCCAUCAACUGUCCAGAUGAGCUGUUUGCGAUAAUGGCUUACUGCUGGACAAUGCUACCGAUGGAGCGUCCUUCCUUUGACCAACUCCAGAUCUGCCUACAGGAUUUCUACGCACAGCUAACACGCUACGUCUAGGCCAGUCCGAGCAACAGGUCAGCGGUUGUACAUGUUUCCUUCGCCCCGGGCACUAUCAAUUAAGCCAUAGAGUUAGAAUAAGGCACCGGGCACUACUGCCAACUGCCACGAUACCUCCUAAUCAGUCAUCAGGAUUCCACCCAUCAACAAUUCGACGGCAUCCCAAACAUCUGCCCUCGACUCGACAUAUGAUUAGGUGAUCGUGAUGAAUAUUUUGUGCCAAAAAUAGGAAUAGUUAACAGCAGAACGAUAAAGUUCUAAUCUAAAAGUACACUGUCUUAUUGCUCGUGCUCGCGUUAAGGCAUGUGGCAUCUAGUAUCUUGAGGGAUGCGAUUUGGUUUGUUCGUUGGUUUGUUAGAGGAUGCUGCUAGAUGUUUAAGCUUUAACGAGAUAAAUAAGAAAUCAAUUGUGAACGCAACGAUCCACAUGGAAGGUCAUUUCAUUAUGCGCGAAAAUGGUCAUCAUCACCCAGUAAACGAAGCCUCCCGGUCGAAUCAAUUCAUAUCCAUUCCGUAUGAGAUAGGGCGUGAACGUGGCACGUGGAAUGCAAAUAAUAAAUUAGAAUAAACGCAGCUAGGCCAUAAGCUAAAGAGUAGUUAUUUAUUUUGUAUUUGAUAACGGCAGGCAUGGCACGGGUUAUCGUUAGCUAAAGGAACAAUAGUAAACCUGGAACCGCUCGGCGAAUAGUCCAAAACACCAAUCAUGACACGGUCCCUAGAGGCGACUAACAUUUUUCGGAAUGCUCAAGCGCUUCACGAAGACAUCAUGACAUCAAACAGUUAAUUUUCUGUUAGCUACUUGUACACUUCCUUUACCCAUCACGUACCGUUAGUGUGAAUCCAGCACGUUUGCUGAGGUUCCAGGCGAGUGAAUCCUGGCAAUAGUUUUACUUUCUAAGAUUUAUGCUUGCCGCUGGGUUGAGUGACAGUAUCCAGCGCGACGAAUAAACGGAAUUGUCUAAGCUACUAUUUCUCAAACGGGGAAAGAUGAUUAAUUUCGCAUGGGCGAGUUAUCCGAAACGAGCUCCUACAAAGCGAGAGUAAGUACGAGAUCAACUAGUGUCGAUGU